AUGGAGGCAAGUGCUAUUGAGAGGAACUCGGUUCGCGAAAAACUAACGGAAGACUUGGUGGCGCUCCAGGACACUACAGUCGAAGAACCGUACAGCAUAGUAUGCCGUCUCAGGCUUGCAAAAGCAUACCGGACACUUGGAUACCCAGACCUAGCCGUAGGAGAUGCUUAUAAGGCCUUGAUUUUGGUAGAUGAAGUAGUCGAAGAAGGCGAAUACCAUGAAGAGGCUUUGCAGGCAGCUUGGACGGAUGUCGUCUCUGAGCGCAUGGCAGACCUGGACCUAGACGAUGAGACGAAAACUGCCCCGUUCAAGAAGGAUGAUGUGUUGGCAUGGGCGCAAGCACGAUGGUCUAAGAGCGCUCACGAUAUACUGAUUGGAUGCUUGUUGGAUUGUGGGUGUCUCCGCAGUGCAUCUGAGUAUAUCUUUCGCGCGAGAAAGGCUUUUCCGAAAGAACUGAUAUUCGAAGAUCACGAGAAGACUUUGUGGAAACACUUACGGUCUCACUUUGAACGUGAAGGAGAGUCUGCUGAGGAUGUGGAUGUAGAAGAGUAUCCGGACAAAGGUUUCGUUCGUCGCGAACGAUACCCUUGGAACCACCAUGAGCCAGACCGCUUCUCGAAGGAGUGCCUCGACUUUCUCAACGAGGAGCUCGCGGAUAUUGCACCGAGGCUAGAGGUUAGGGCGUCUGAACUGCCUAUACUCAACACCACCCUGAUCUCCAAUGGAACAACACCGGAGAACCGAUAUACCAAGCAGCUGGGCUUAUUUGCAAAGGACGACAUAACCCCUGGCUCGACUGUUCUAGAGGAGAAGUCGUUACUUACCGCCAUAUCAAGACUUCAUGAGUCGUAUUGCGAUGCUUGUGUUAUACCACUUUCGAACGGAGAUGAUACAGUAAUGUCCUGUGAAGAGUGUGACGAGGUAUUUUUCUGUAGCGAGGAGUGUCACGACCUAGCACAGGACCACUAUCAUCCUGCACUUUGUGGUGUUAGUGUAGAUCAGGGAAAGGUACCUGCACGUGAAGCAGCAGACUACCUCUAUUUCCUUCUACUUGUUCGCGCACUAGCAUUAUCAGAAACCCAAGACGUUCAUCCUCUGGAGCUGAAGGAAGUGCGAUAUAUCUGGGGCGACUACCAUGGUCAAGACCUAGAUGUUGCAUGGCAAGCGGCUUCUUCAGGUGGCUCAAGCGACGCAUUCACGGGACUACCGCAAACACUACCUUUUUCAUUUAAGAGUAACGUACUCAUGCCAUUGCAUGUUCUAGAGAAGAUGGACAUCAACAUCUUCACGCAAAGUCAGCGCUACGAUACCUGGAUCUUCAACACGCUGUAUGCGAAAUUCCGCGGAACAGCAUCAGCACGACAGGGUCUUGAUGGAAGGCCUGAGAUUAGCGCGGUCCAUCCGAUGUGGUGCCUCGCGAAUCACAGCUGCGAUCCAAACGUGGCUUGGGAGUGGCGUGGCUCAAUGCGGUUCUGGACCCGUGAGGAGUUGGUUGACUGGAAGGGAAGAGACCCGAGCAUAGGGCCUGGUCUCAAGAAGGAUGAAGAGGUGUUUGGCCACUACUGCGACGUACGUCUGUCAGUCAAGGACAGGCGAGAGUGGGCCUCAGGAGCACUUGGUGGAGAUUGUAUGUGUGCUAGAUGCGUCUGGGAAGAGGCGGAGGAACGGAAGCAAGGUGCUUUGCAGUAA